AUGGACUUUGACAGAUUCCUUUGCGAAAAGCGCGACGAAGUUCUGCUAUCGUUAAAAGCUGGCGCGCAAGAGGUUUGGAAAUCCCGAUGGCAUAACACUGAAGGAUUCGAUGAAUACUGGCAGGGAGAUGAAGUGUUUCAAAAUCUGUUUACCGGGUUUGACAGUAUCAAAUCUCAGGUGUUAAGUGUCGAGUGUGGGGAGAUACGCAGCGACAUUAACACCAUCUCUUGCCGAUUCUUUGAAGCUAUCGGGGAUUUCUUCGACGAGCACAUCGAUGAAUUUGAAAGUUUGUCCUUGGACACUGGAGCCAAGAUUGAAACCCCAGACGUAGGAAUAUGGCGGCAGGAAUGGGAGCUCUACUCCACGACAACCAAGACUAUUGUUACGAAACCAUCCCAGCGCCUGGGACCAAAGGGGAAGGGGCUUAGAACCGAGUAUCGCCGCGAGAGGAUUCCCGAUAACACUCUUGCAAGAAGCUUUUACAGUCAUUUCUAA